GCCUGCCAUUGCUGGUUUUCCAUCAUCCGUUCAAACUUCAAACACAACGCUCUCGAGUCUCGAUCACUCUGUUUUUGCAACUUUUCCCUUUCCUCGUCUAUAAACACACUCUCGCGACAGCCCAAGAAAAACGAAAUUAACAACCAUGAAAAACCUUGGACAGCUGAGAAGUUUAUCCACAUUCCUCCACACAGCCAAAAACCUGACUGAAUUCUCAGCUUUCACAAAUCACAGCAAAAAUCCCAUCUUUUUACCCCACAGAACGAUCCCUCCACCCACAGGUCAGGAUUCAGACUUCAUAAACAUAGCUCACAGCCAUUUGAUCCAUUCCGAAUGGGAUAAACUCGAUAAAUUAGCUUCUGCCUUAUCGCUCUUUCGAAUCAAGCACAUUCUUCUGAAAACCCGAAAAGAUUACGUCCUCUCUCUCGAAUUCUUCAACUGGAUCGGCCUCAAAAACCCCAACCUCAACACGCUCGAGGUGACCUCCAUAAUCCUCCACAUCUUGACCAGGAAUCCUUUGAUUUACUCGUACAGGAUGUGCGAAUCAUCCCCUCGCGUGUUUGAUUUGUUGUUCAAAACUCACGCGCAUAUGAAGAAGUUCAGGAACGCUUCUGAUUGUUUCCGCUGGAUGAAAGAGUACGGGUUCUUCCCCACUAUUGAGUCCUGCAAUGCCUAUUUGAGUUCAUUGAGUAGUUUGAAUCGUCCAGAUAUCUUGUUAGCCUUUUAUAAAGAAAUCUGCAGGUGUAGAAUCACCCCAAAUGUGUACACUGUUAAUAUGGUUAUGGGGGCUUACAGUAAAUUGGGGAAAUUGGAUAUGGCUAUUGAGCUGUUUAAAGAAAUGGAAUCAAUGGGGUUGGCUUGUAAUGUUGUCUCGUAUAAUACUUUGAUUGCUGGUUAUUGUGCCAAGGGUCUAGUGGCAAGUGGUAUGAAGAUCAAGAAUGCAAUGGAUAAAAACGGGGCCCCACCAAAUGAUGUUACGUAUAACACGCUUAUACAUGGAUUAUGCAUGGAAGGGAGACUACAUGAAGCUAGUAAGCUUCUUCGAGAGAUGAAAAGUGUGGGCGUAAAUCCCACAACGGUAACUUAUAACGUAUUAAUCGGUGGUUAUGGUGAAAAUGGAAAUAGUGGGAUGGCACUUCAGUUGUUCGAUGAAAUGUCUGUGAGUGGGGUGAAAGCCGAUAUCUUGACCUAUAAUGCCGUGAUAAUGGGCCUCUGCAAGGAGGGAAAGACGAGAAAAGCCGCUUACAUGGUGAGAGAGCUCGACAGAGAGAAAUUGGUCCCUAAUUCGUCCACUUUUGCCGCACUUAUUACAGGGCAGUGUACGAAAAACAAUGGCGAACGUGCUUUUGAGAUUUACAAGAGCAUGGUAAGGAGCGGGUGUCAUCCUAAUAGAGCGACUUUUGAUAUACUGUUAUCCACUUUUGUAAAGAACGAGGAUUAUGAGGGGGCUGUUGGGAUUUUGAGAGAGAUGGUAAAGAGGGCUAUAGCUCCUGAUUUUGAUGAAUUGUCUUCUCUUUUUGAUGGGCUUUGCAGAUGUGGGAAGGAGGAUUUGGUCAUGGACAUGCGAAAUGAGAUGGAAUCUCGGCAGGUUAUGCCUGAAGAGGUUAAGCACCCACCGAUUGAUAUAAUUGGGAUUACAAGAUUUCGGAUAGCAGGCUUUGAGGCAUAUCAUGCUUUUGAUUCUUUUUUGGAAUAUUUCAUGACAAUGGAAGUUUGUGCUUACUUUGCAUAUAGGCCGAGGCUUAUGAGAACAUCU